ACAGAGAGGAAAGUUGGGUUCGACCCUUCUGAAAAGACGUUUCUCACUGGACCCCGGCUUUUCCCAACAGCACCUGCCUGUGUUUCCAGCAUCCUCACACCAGCAGGGAGGGAGACGUGCCUCUUGCAAGACUUUUGUGGGAUACGGAGAGGACAAUCUUGGAGAUGGAGGCAGUGGCUUUGUACAAUUUCCACUUGGCGGAGAAGGACGAGCUGGCCUUUAAGAAGGGAGACACACUGAAGAUCCUGAAUAUGGAAGAUGACCAGAACUGGUACAAAGCCGAGCUCUGCGGUGUCGAAGGAUUCGUCCCCAAAAACUACAUUAAAAUGAAAUCUCACCCGUGGUAUUCAGGCCGGAUUUACAGACAAGUGGCCGAAAAAAUCCUCUUGAAAAAGAAUUUCCGAGGAGCCUUUCUGAUCCGGGAGAGUGAAAGCAGCCCCGGAGACUUCUCCAUUUCUGUGAACUACGGAGAGCAAGUCCUACACUUCAAGGUGCUCCGGGAAAGGAAGUGUAAAUACUAUCUCUGGGAAGAGAAGUUCAACUCCAUCAACGAACUAGUGGAUUUCUACAGGACCAACAGCAUUGCCAAGAAGCAGCAAAUCUUCCUCAGAGAUCGAGAAGAAUCACAGGAGUCCAAGAAAUUCAAGUUUGUUCAAGCGCAAUUCAACUUCCUGGCCCAAGACCCAACCCAGCUGGGCUUCCUCAGAGGGGAUGUCAUUGAGAUCCUGGACUGUUCCGACUCCAACUGGUGGAAGGGGAAGGUGGGUGUGAAAAGCGGCUUCUUUCCCCGGAACUAUGUUUUCCCAUUGCGCAUGUGACCCACCUUAUUAGCGCUCUGAUGGGAUGACCACUUUUCAGCAGCCAAGCUGAAUCAUUCUGAGACUGGAGGAGCUGCCAGAGAUCAGCAGAAGGACUUCAGACCUUGCUCCAGGCGGGGGACAAAGGGAACACUUCACGCAUGAUGCUCCAGUCAUGUGAGAGUUGUGGUGUAAGGCCAUACUAGCAUUACCAGAAUUCUGCCAUAUUAUUUUCCAGCACGAGCUUAAACAGAUUCACAGAAGCUUCACAAAUGACGGUAGAAGAUCUUCAGCUGUUGCCCAAGUUGAUGGAGUAUAUCUACACUGCAAACCUAAACUGGUAUUACACCAGUUGAACUUAUCACUCUUCCACUGAAGAAUCUUGAGAAAUGUAGCUUAGUGCAGUCACUGAGUAUUGUUAGAGAUCUCUAGUGCCACUUACACAAACCUACACUUUUCAGUGCUCCCAGGGAAGAAAAAAUGACUACACAAUCAGGAGGAAGUAUGUACUUUAGAAUACAUUCUUAAUGCUUUUUUCCUCGCCUAUGUUGCGUGUUAUAUCUGUGUUCUAGAAUGGGCUUUGCACAAGAUUUGUUUGUGUUUACACAACAUGGAAACAGUAGCAUGAUUUGCAAAUUCCAGAGAGAGUAGC